AAUACAACACUAGGAUGCCAACUGUCGUAAAACACCAGAGAAGAAGAAUAGUACGUGCCAAAUUACAUGGCAUGUCCGUAUGUGCAGUGUUCUUUUGUGUUUUCGUUUAUUAUUUACUUGCCCAUGUGUGUUGCAUUGUGUUUAAAAGGCUUUUGGGCCUGAGGCGUGUGAUGCAGUGUUAGUGCGGUUUGUGGUAAGAUUGAACACAGUCGGAAUAUGUGAUAUGCAGGACUGCUCGCUUUGCGACUUCCGAACAAGCUAACAGCUACUUUUAGCUUGUUAAGCUCAUUUGGUAACACCAGGCUAUUGUUUAAUCAAGUCAAAUACAGUUAGUACGCUAAAUGGGUUAUAAUAACUGCUGUUCCUGCUGUGUAGUUUAAGAGACAUUCGACUUGGAACGUAAUCCCAGUAACAUUUAGGGAAGAGCCUAUUAGACCAAGUGACCUUCGUUGAUAGCUGGGUGUAUCUGCGAAUGGACCCGCACCUGGGCAGAGGACUGCCAUGACCCGGUGUGACAGCUGCGUAACAGCACUAUCGAGCAUUACUCCUCUUCAGCUCAUGUAAUCGGGCCAUUAGUUGUGUUUAUGGUUGUGUAUUCACUUAAAGAAUGACUCGCCUCUCAGUGGUUAACUUGGUGCGUCUUGGGAGUCGAACUGCCAGCCCGCUGUAUAGAAACCCAGCCCGCGCCCUUCACACUUCAGUCUGCAUGAAUUCAUCGCAUCGAAAAGCUGGUUUCAAGCCGGAAAAAGUAGCAGUGGUUACAAAGACUACGAGAUAUGAGUUUGAGCAGCAGCGGUAUCGCUAUGCAGGGCUCACUGAAGAGGAUUUAAAACACUUGCUUGCCAUGAAGGGCUCCAGCUACAGUGGCCUGCUGGAAAGACACAAGAUCCACACUAACAAUGUGGAACAUAUUGUGAAGAGCCUAAGGAGAGAAGGCAUUGAUGUACGAGUUGUGAAGAGAGGAGAAUAUGAUGAUGAAGUAGUACGAUGGGCAGAUGCCAUUAUCUCUGCUGGAGGUGAUGGGACAAUGCUUCUUGUUGCCAGUAAGGUUUUAAGUAAGGACAAGCCAGUUGUUGGGGUAAACACUGACCCUGAGAGGUCAGAAGGUCACCUGUGCUUGCCUGUACGCUACACUCGAGCCUUCCCAGAGGCACUGGCAAAACUCUUUCGUGGUGAGUUUAGGUGGCUUUGGCGUCAGAGGAUCCGUCUGUACUUAGAGGGCACAGGAAUCAAUCCCACCCCCAUGGACCUGCAUGAACAGCAGCUGAGCUUGGAGCAGCACAGCCAAGCCCACCGCAUCACCAUCACAGACAGCCAGAGGAGUAAUGGGACAGGAAUACUACAUGAGAGCAACUCCAAGCCAAGUCUCCUCCCCGUCAGAAGUCUGAAUGAAAUCUUCAUUGGCGAAUCUCUGUCCUCCAGCACUCAUCGGGGCAUUUCUGUCCACCACAGGGUGAAGUUAAAAUCCUUCAAACAGCAUGUUAACCUCUUGCUCCAUAGGGCUUCCUACUAUGAGAUCUCUGUGGAUGAUGGCCCAUGGGAAAAGCAGAAGAGUUCAGGACUCAGCAUUUGUACAGGAACAGGAUCCAGAGCCUGGUCAUAUAACAUCAACAAACUUGCUGAACAAUCUGUAGAGGAGAUUUUAAAAAUUGGAAAGUCCAAAACAGGUUUUGAUAUCCCACUUAACCGUGAAUUUGUUGAAAAAGUUACUGAGGAAUACAUUGAGUCCCUGGUGUUCAGUCCGGACGACAGACACAUGUUCUACAGCAUCAGGGAGCCCAUCGUCAACAGAGUGUUCUCCAGUAGUCGGCAGAGAGGUUUCGCCAGCAAGGUCUGUGUCCGUUCUCGAUGUUGGGAUGCCUGCAUGGUGGUCGACGGUGGGACUUCAUUUGAGUUCAACGAUGGUGCCAUUGCUACAAUCAGCAUGAUCGAGGAGGAUCAGCUUCGAACAGUGGUUCUUGAAAACUGAGACGAAUCCAAAGCACGUGGGCCCCUGACUGGUUUGAAGAGAUGUCCAAAGAGGUCUACAAGUGUUGGAACAUUUUUAUACCUGAUAAAAAUGUCAGUGUUACAUUUUUCUUAAAUGUGAGGUAUGUGCAUUAUUUUCUAUUUUCAUAUCACCUCUUUUGGCUUAACCUUGUUGACUUGGAUGCAUGUCUGUCUGGGGGAUCAGACACACAUGGACUUUGUGAUAAGCUUUCACUGAGAUUUUUAUUUUUUUCCUGUUUGAGCCUUUGGACAGUGAAAACAGGAUUUGGAGACCUUGAACGAGCAAAAUACUCCUUAAGCACAAAGUCAGAAGUCUGUCUUGUACCUCUUAUAAGAAGUGGAAAUUGACUUUGGAAGUGUUAUUGAAACGGCAGCAUGUGCCCAGGACAGCCAUGCCAUAUGUUUCCACAACAGUUUUACACUGUAUAAAGUGAGGUUUUGUCUAGUGAAUUUGCUCAGCACAAUGCGGUUUGGUAAUGGUUAAAGAGGGUACAGUUUGACAACCACUGCAGUUGUAAUGAUUUUAAAUAUUUCAUAAUCAAAUAGAUCUCACUUGUAAUUCAGUACAGCAUUGUGGGUGGGCCUUGUAACACUUCAUUCAACUGGGCUUGAAUGAUCAGGAAACUAAUAUGCAGUGUGUCAAAAGCAGGGAUCCUCAUGGAAACUCACUGUUAGGAUGAUUUUUUUUUUUUAAUCAAAUAAAGUGGUAUGAGUGAAAAAAUCUUCCUAUUACUGUCUCUUUAUCAAAUAUCUACAUGUAAGGAGUAGACAGCAGAAUAACUUGACCAGCUGACCCAAAUUUACAAAAAAAUAAAAUCACCUCCACUCCAGUAGAGUUGAGGUACAGCUGAUAUUAUUUCAUUGGUUACACCUAUAUUGUAUACAGUUCAAUGCAACAUUUCUAUCUUAACAUCUGUGUUUAUUUUUGGUAAAACUUUCACAUGUACAAAUUCAGUUAUGUUUAUUAUUGAGGUCAUAGCUAAAGGUGGCACUGUACUGGACUUCAUUAUAUUCAGAGGUGUUCCUAAUAUUCUAACCCUCAUGUAUGUAGCUGUAGAGGACAAAAUAUAGACAUCUCUAAAUAUAAUGUAGUCCAGUACAGCACCUGUAACUGAUUUCAAUAAUAAACGUAUACAUGAAGUUACACACUUGUAACAGUAAGUUGAGUUGAGCUUACCUCCAGGGACAAGUGACAUUUCAGGCUUAAUCACUAACUCUUAAAAGCCAAGUAACACCCACUGAAACAAACUGGGACAUAAUGUGUAUUUAGUGGUUGACUUAAGACUGAACUGGAAUGUUUUUGUUGUCAACAGUCUGUGUAACAUUGGAUUGAAACAGUAAUCUACAGCACUGGGCAAACGGUACAUGCACAGACAUAAUGAGAUCUUCAUAAAAGCAACUGUCCAGCUGAUGAGAAGUCACACAUACACUAAUUUGGAGACAAGAUCCAGAUAUCAUUUUACAUUAAAACCUUUUCUGAUUGUUCAUUAGAGGUAGGAACUAACCACGUUGGGCAUUAAAAUGUCUGAGGAACAGUCCCUACCCCUAGUCUUCAUCAGAUGGAGUAAAACAUUUCACCUGAACCUUUAAAACCAUAUUAACAUUUUAAAUUAACACAUUAUUAGAACAUAAAAACUGAUUUUAAAAUGUACAAAGCUUGCAUUAAUGCAGUACAUUCCAACAAGAACAGGGUUCAAUGUCCUAACCUUGCUUUCCUACAUUAAAAAAAAAA